CGGGGUAGAGCGCGCGGGCCAAGCCUGGCAGGGCGCUGAGCCUGGGGGGGUGAGGGCGCGCGCCAUGGCCGAGUCGCAGCAGCUGCGGGUGCAGGAGGCGGUGGAGGCCAUGGUGAAGGGGCUGGAGCGGGAGAACAUCCGCAAGAUGCAGAGUACCAUGUUCCGAUGCAGUGCCAGCUGCUGUGAGGAUUCCCAGGCCUCUAUGCAGCAGGUUCAUCAGUGCAUUGAGCGUUGCCAUGCACCCUUGGCCCAGGCCCAAGCCCUUGUGACCAGCGAACUAGAGAAAUUCCAGGACCGCCUGACUCGAUGCAUCAUGCACUGCAAUGACAAAGCCAAAGACUCAAUGGAUACUGGGAGCAAGGAGCAGCAGGUGAAGAGGCAGCUAGAGUCCUGUGUGACCAAAUGUGUUGAUGACCACAUGUACCUCAUCCCCACCAUGACCAAGAAGAUGAAAGAUUCCCUGGCAUCUCUUGCAAAAUAAUCAUUGUCAAUAGUCAUCGGGUGGGAGAAUGGGUCUAUUUGUAAAAAUGAGUGGAAAUUUUUACCUUUAAUUGAAAAUUUGAGAAUGAAGAAAUUGAGACUAAUAGCAAGUUAAGAAUACUUUUAUGGGAAUUUGGCAUCUGCCUCUAGACUCAGUUGGUUCCAUUAUUUGUUUUAGUCCACAGGUGAAUAAAAUGGAAGAAACUGGUGCUCAGGAUUGGAGGUAGCCUGGAGAGCUAAUAGUACCCAGAUCCAUCCCAUCAGUGAAGUUGACCCCUAUUCUACAUGUUAGAGCCUUUAAUGGCUUUCAGCUGGUUCAGAGGUAUUCCUUUCCUGGAAGCAGGAAUAAAUAGCCCCAUGGGUUUGUGGGUAUUAGUGAUUUUCCUUCCCAACCUACCUUCCAUCUCGUGUGAAUCCCUGAGGUAACCAUACACUCAGUGCCAAUUUCAUGCCCUCCUGAUUAAGCCAUUUCCCUUAUACCAUAAAGCAGUAGCCAUGAGUUCACUUCUGAUUGGAAAAAAGAAACAGUUGUGGUUUUCUCCCAGUACAAGAACCUGGAACUCAGAGGGGAGUCUAGGGAUAGAAGGUUACUUGCAUUAGAAAAAUGAGCAAUUAGCUGCCUGGUGAUCUUCUCUUUAAUAAGACCAGUGUUCACUCCUGCUUUCAGCUGGGACACCAAACAAGACCAUAAAAAGGAAAUCUUCCACCAGGUCUGAGAACUCUGGUUCCUUCACCUUGGCUUCUCUAGGACUGCUGCUCAAGUUACCUUUUCUUACCCUUCUAGAAGGUACUACAAGGGCAACAUUCAGUUAAAUUAUUUUUUGAGACUAACAUGAAACAGUUAAGGCCAAAGAAAGCUUCUUUUUGCUUGGAGAACUUUAAGUCUUGGUUAAAGUAAUGGUAGAUGGUUGGUUUGGGAGAAAAUUAGUUUUCCCCAAAGAAGAAAACGAUUUGAUGCCUUGUCACUGGCUCUACUGAUUUGUCCUCUUCAACAGAACCUUGUUGAUAGGUACCUAAGAGAACAGGAAAGGAUAGGAAAACAACUUAAAUUUCUGUGGAGUAGGCAGGUUGCAAGGGAGAAUGGGAGAAUUUUUUUCUUCCUCAGAGUACAGGAGAAAACUGGCACCAAUUACUCAUUUAUCACUGACUUUUAAAACUACAAGCAACAUGUUAGUACCAGACAUUGUAUUGGAAAAGAUCUUGUUCUCUUUAUACCAACUUCUUACUGAAUGCAAUUAACAUAGCCUUCUUGUUUAGUGUUUCAAGGCUAUGCCAUAUUUUCCUAGUGGUUUGAUUAAAAAAUAAAGUUUGAUUUUUUUUUUUUA